GGGGGGGGCUCCCUUUGUCCCCUCAGAGCUCCGGGGUGACACCCAGCCAAAUUCCCUCUCCCUGUGUUCUCCCAGCUUGCCAACAAAGCACGGACGGAGAAGGAGGAGAAGAUGAGCCAGGCAUAUGCAAUUAGUGCUGGUGUCUCCCUGGAGGGGCAGCAGCUCUUCCAGACUAUCCAUAAGACCAUUAAAGACUGUAAAUGGCAGGAGAAGAACAUAGUUGUGAUGGAAGAAGUCGUUAUUGCUCCUCCAUACCAGGUGGAAAACUGUAAAGGCAAAGAGGGAAGUGCCCUGAGUCACGUACGGAAAAUAGUGGAGAAACAUUUCCGGGACGUGGAAAGCCAGAAGGUCCUGCAGCGUUCACAAGCACAGCAGACACAGAAGGACACGUCCCUGUCAUCCUGAGGCCAUCUCGGGAUGAGAUCGCCCUGUCCCCGUUGUCCCUUCCCUCCCGGGAGGCGGCGCCAGGGGCACCUUCACGCUUUUAUUUCCUUUUUUUUUUUUUUUUUUGGGGGGGGGAAAUCUCAACUCCAAAAUUCAAACUUUUGAACUUAAAAAAAAAAAAAAAAAACAAAAACGAGAAAAAGAGAAUAAUUUAAAAGCUCCUCUUCACGCAUUACUUGACUAACAGACUUUGGUUUUUCUCUGCCAUGUUUUCUCCCCUCCAGCAGGGCAGGCUCUGUUAAUUUUAUUUUUUGGCUUUUUUUUUUUUUUCCUUUUUUUCUCCCAAUUUCUACCUUUCCCUAUCCCCCCCAAAAAACGCCCAAAAAAUAAAAUUAACAAGCUCACUGCGGUGGCCAACCCGGGACCCUCGUGACCAACAUGGUCUCGUUUUAAUUUUGUUUGCACAGGGCAAGGCUUGAAUUAGUCUUAUUUUUCUUAUCUUUAAAUAUAUAUAUGAAUAUAUAUUAAAAUGUUCUUUAAAUAUUUGCUUCUAGCAGGAUUGUGGCAAAAAAUCCCCCCUAACACCCAUCCCAGGAUCAUCCAGAACCUGGAUUUGGGGGUUCCCCCCCACUUAUUUCCUUUAUGUUUUUAAUUUUUUUGCCCUUUUUCAUUUAAUUUUUAAUUUUUUUAAUUUUUUUUUUGCCACGAUCCUCUCCCUCCCCUUUUUUUUUUUUUUUUUUAAAAACAAAAAACAAAUGGAUCAAACUCAAAAAACAAUUCAAGCCCUGCCUUUAGGAGAGUUAAAGAUUAAAAAAAAAU